AUGGACAAUUUUCGGUGUUCCGAAUUUAUUAGCGAGUCUCCAUCAACUUCAUCCUCCGUAUUGGUACGACCAUCAUCGGCAUCGACAUCUACAAAUGCUUCCACGUCCUUAAUAUCACCAGGAAACAGUAGUUCUGCAGUUAUACCCUCACGGCAGAGUUGUUACAGUCGUCAUCAUCAACGGCAUAGGCAGCAAGCAAUACGACGUCGUGGUACUAAGAGCGAUAUAGGAUUAAUACGAUCACCAGUAGAUGAUGACAUGAAAUUGCUUCUUGGACAGAUACCUGUGAACAGAAAAAGGUCUUCAACGACGGAACGCUUAAAUACUGCACAAUGGCCAAGCGUCCUACCUCUAGCCGACAAAACUGUUCAUUGUGAUGAUCGUUGCUUAGAAAACAUGUUUAAAGCUCAAAGUAUGAGACCGAUGCUUGGGAAUUGUUUUAUUACUAUUCAGAAAGACAUAACUGCUCAUCAUCGCCAACAAGUUAUUGAUUGGAUUUAUGAUGUAUGUAAAGAAGAGUCCUGCGAGCCUGACGUCUUCGUGCUUGCCGUUUCAUUAAUGGACCGUAUUUUGUGUCUUCAUCCAUUUGAACGUAAUAAAUUACAAGCAAUUGCGGGUGCUUGUUUAUUUGUUGCAAGUAAAGUCAAAGCACCCAUACCUUUGGAUGCUGAUAGAAUAGCUUACUAUACUGAUGGUGCCGUACGAAUGGAUCAAGUCUUGCAAGGUGAAUUGCUUGUGUUGAAUAAAUUGAAUUGGGAUGUUUCUACAUCAACAGCGCUAGACUUUCUUGAUCAGGUUGCAGCCCGGUACAGUCAGCUACAUCCCCUAUCGGAAAAUUGCCGUUACUCAGUACAUCGAAUACAACUAGGUUAUUUUAAUUUUCAUUAA